AUGGAAGAUCGACCAGCCCGUUCCGAACGUCAGACUCGGUUCGAUACCACACCAGGCAAUGCAACUUCCAGAGGAUGGUCCGCUUCUCAAUCUACUGUCAGACCUUCACCUAGUCCAAAUGUCCACGGAAAAGGAUCAAGAUCGAGAUCACGGUCGAAAGCCCGCUCAGGCUCGAAAUCACGUACACGCACACACACACGUGCGAAAUCAACAUCACCGUCCCCUCCUCCAACCCAAGUACGAAUACAGCUUGCAGAGGAUUAUCGCUCACGUCUUCCUUUGAUCGUGUCACGAUUCAUAGGCUAUCGUCCGCCAGGUGCCGUUCCGCCAUACGAACCUCUUCCCAUCCCACUUUUCAUAUGGUUACAAUACAUAUCGCUAAGAUAUGAGAUAUGGUUAUUCAGCUUUAUUGGUUCAUUCGUCGGUAUACUGCUGGUAGAAGCUAUUUGUUCGACUAACACGGUAUUUAGAGAGGUAUACGGCUCGCCAAUGAUUGUAGGAUCAUUCGGUGCAGCUUGUAUACUGUUAUUCGGAGUUAUCGAAAGUCCUUUAGCUCAACCGAGAAAUCAUAUUCUGGGGAAUUUGAUAGGUGCUAUCAUAGGUAUUGCUUUGACCAAGUUGUUCACCUUAAAUGGGAAAGAUGAAUACAUAGAUAGUUUAGAGAAUGGUGGGAGGUUCAAUGGGAAGAGCUAUGUCAAUGGAGGAUUGGUGGUGGCGGUCACUAUGUUGAUCACUUCCAUGUUGGGGAUGGUGCAUCUACCGGCAGGUGCGACUGCUCUAGCAGCUGCUACAGACCCAUCAAUCAUAAAUUUAUCAUGGAAUUCCAUCGCGAUCGUAUUUUGCUCUUCACUCUUACUCAUCGGAUGUGCGUUGAUAAUUAACAAUUUGGGACGAAGGAGAUAUCCAGUAUAUUGGUGGAACCCCCAACGAUACUUUGUCAAAUCUGAUCACGAUCCCAAUUCCAAUCCAAAGGUAGGAAAUGAAGGUCCACAGAAAGAUAGAUUGAGUAGAAUGAGAUUGAGAUCGAGAGAAAGUGAAGAAUUGGCUUUGAAAACUUUAGAAGAAGGUAGAUUACGUCAACUCGAAGAUGGAGGUCGAUCACCUGAAGCGUUGCUUGUUGAUAGGAUACAAGGUCAUGGAGGUCAUUUGAAGGACAUAGUCGAGGCUUCAGAUGGUUUGAGAGAAGGUGAUGAUGGUGAAAGAGGGUGGAGAGGUGUUCUUGAGCCUUUGGGAAAGGUUAUGUCGAGGCACGAUAGAAGGCUUGCGGAGGGUGCAGAGGGAGAUGGGUGA